GCCAUGUUCAAGUAGAGCACUUGCGAUUUUCCAGCACGAUGGCCGAAACGACGCCGCUGGUGCACGGACCCCAAUCGAUGAGUGCGCAACGCCGUCCGCGCAGCCUUGUCGCGGUCGCGGCCUUUGUCCUUACGAGUCUCUUUGUGGCCGUGGGCUUGGCCAUGCAAAAGAUAACUGCAUCGCCGGCGGUCAGCGCAAUGGCUGCCGACGCGGUGACGUCACUGCCGCGCUUUGGCCAAGUCGAAGAAACCCAGUAUGCGGGUUUGGUGCCGGUCAACGACGGCGGUGGCAACAUCUUUUACUGGUUCUUCGAGGCGCGCACAGUGUCACCUUCAACGCCGCUCAUCGUGUGGCUCAACGGCGGCCCGGGCGCGUCCUCCAUGACGGGUCUCCUCACCGAGAUGGGCCCAUACCGCAUGCAGGCCGACGGGUCGCUCAAGUCGCAUCCGCACAGCUGGACCAACGUGGCGCACAUGCUCUUCUUCGACCAGCCCGUCGGCACGGGCUACACGAGUGCGACGUCCGACGAUGGCUACGUCAACUCGCAAGAAGAGAUGGCGGCGCAGCUCUACAUUGCGCUGCAGGCGUUCUUUACGCUGCAUCCCGAAUACGCAACGAGUCCACUGAUCAUUGCCGGCGAGUCGUACGCGGGCAAGUACGUUCCGCACAUUGCGCACUACAUUCACACUGUCAACAUUGGCCACAACGACUCGCUCUUGACCAAGAGCACUGACCACAGCGUACGCUUGAACCUCUGGGGCGUCGCGAUCGGCAACGGCGAGAUGAAGCCGCUUCUGCAAACUCAGAGCGUGGCCGACUACGCGCUGGCGCUCGGCUUCAUCGACCACGAACAGUACACGACGCACGUCGCGUCGCUCGACCAAUGCGCGCAGCUGCACCACGCGGGCCGGUCCGUCGAGGCCUUUGGCGUGUGCCAAGACACGGAAGACGAGAUUUAUCGCCAAGCGGGCAGUCCGUUUGUGUACGACAUUCGCCAAGAAGGCAAUGCGUUCACAGCGCUCACGACGACGUUAUCGAGCUACUUCAAUACGGACGACGUCCGCGCGGCGUUGCACGUGCCCCCGGGAACGCCGUGGACCUCGAUCGACGGCUCGUCGUUCGGCGCCAACCCGAGUGCGCCGCCGAUCGCGCGGCACUUGCUGAACGACGAGAUGCGCGACGUCCCAGACGAUGUGCUGGAGACGCUACUGAAUGCGUACCAUGUGCUCUUUUACGCAGGCAACAUGGACGGAUCGUCUUGCAAUCACUUGGGCGUCGCCCGCGUCCUCGACGCGCUGCACUGGGACGGCGCGGCGUCGUACCACUCGGCGCUACGAACGCCGUGGGUCGUCAACGGCAAGGUCGCGGGUCUCGUCAAGUCGAGCGGCCGCAUGAGCUACGUUGUGCUGACCAACUCGGGCCACCUAGUGCCGACAGACCAGCCAGAACAUGCGCUCGACCUGAUCACACGCUUUGUGCAGCAAGCACCGUUUGCCUAGUCUAGCGUCGUGUGUACGAUGGUAGGUACAUGUAAUGCGACUUGAAAGUAUAUGGCGUUUGCUUCUUUGGGGU